CCAAAUUGUAUUGAAAAGAAUUGCAUGAAUUUUCUAUAUUUUUCUACAAACAUCUGGAAAAAAUAUAUUCCUGAGAGAAUCAUGUUUUCUGAUGCAAGUAGUUUUGCUGUUGCUGGGUUUACGUAUGAGAAAGAUAAAAAGUUUGAAAAUAUGGUAGAAGCCGGUGCUCUUCUGUGUGUUUCAGAACCCUUUGUGCAUGUUUUGGCAAACAAAGAACAUGAGUUUCGAUGUGAAUAUUGCAUGGAAAGAGCUGAUACUUUAAAAAGAUGCAGUGCUUGUGGCACAAUGAAAUAUUGUAGCAUUACAUGCCAGAAGGCAGACUGGUUUAUCCACAAGAAAGAAUGCCCCUGUCUUAAGAGAAUACAGCCCAAUGUCCCCACAGAUAGCACCCGGCUGUUGCUUAGACUAGUUAUCAGGUUUACUGACAGCUGUCUAUCACAAGGAUCGAGAGGUGAGCUGGUGCUGAGGAGGUCAUUUAGUGCUCUCAUGUCCCAUGAAAAAGAAAUUCAGAGUGAUGGUAAACGUUGUGAACAGCUUUCUCAGCAUCUGUUUACCUUACAGAAAGUCACUAGUGGCAUCCUGAACCUUCCCUCCUCUACAGACCUCCUACAGAUCUUUGGAAAGAUGACAACGAAUAGCUUCACAAUCUGUGGAGAGGAAAUGCAGUCUAUCGGUGUUGGUAUAUACUUGGGACCUUCGCUAUUGGAUCACAGAUGUAAGCCUAAUGCAGUUAUUACAUUCCAGGGAAAAUUUCUACAUCUAAGAGCUGUUACACCUGUAUCCAAUCCUUCACCCUCUAAUAUUUUCAUCAGCUACAUUGAUCAACUAGAUACAGGUGCUGAGAGGAGGAGGAGUCUGAGGGAGCAGUAUUAUUUUCAUUGUGACUGUUCUUGGUGUAAAGAUCAAGAAUUGGAAAAAACAAUGCAGGCAAUAAAGUGUCCAGAACAGAGCUGCAAAGAGGGCCAUGUCACAGUCACAGAUGAUGAUGCUACAGACAUUUCCUGUACAGUAUGUGGUUUGUCUGUCAGUGACGAAAGCUUCAUUCAGAAGGCCUUGGGUCUGGAGGAAGACUGCAGAAGAUGUCUGGAGAAGGCCAAAGCAGGCAAACAGUCCAAUGAUCCAGACCAAGUUUUAAAUGUUUGUGAACAGUGUUUGAAGUGUUAUGCGGAAUUUUAUCAUCCACUGAAUCUAAGUUUUGUGAAGAUUCUGGACUAUGCAUUCGAUGCCUCUGUUGAUCUUCAGUUGUGGGAGAAAGCUGUAGAUUAUGGUAGUAAAACACUACCUGCCUACAGGAAAUACUAUCCACCCUACAGUCCAAAUGUUGGAAUUCAGCUACUAAAGCUUGGGAAAAUUCAGCUUUAUCUGCAAAAUCUCAAAGAGGCACUCAGAUUCUUACAACAGGCCAAUGACAUUCUGUCUGUCACCCAUGGAGAAGAUCACAUGCUCCAUAAACAGCUGAAAGAGCUGCUAGAUCAGACACAGGAAGAGAUGAGAUCGAGGCUGGAAAAUGGCAGCUAGUACCUUGUGAUAGAAGACAUUAGGUUAUCAAUCUUAAGGGAGAAGCUUUCCAGAUGAGCAGUGUUUCCAUGGUGUUUCUGAAACCAGCUAAAAAUUUCUGAACUGCGUUCGCCUUAAUAAGAACUACGGAUGUCUAGAUAAUUCUAGGAAGAUGGUGCUAAAUGAAAUAGAUAGUGAAAUGACCAUGGAAGAACAGGGGAGAUGAGGUGUUUUUUUUAAUUUUGAGAAACUGGUAAUUGCCUUUGAGAAACUGGUAAUUGCCAAUUAUUGUAAAAUUGCAACAUACAAUGAACAAGUCAUGGAAUAAAUAUACCUGUUAUCA